CCCGUCUUUUUCCUCCUCUCUCUCUCUCUCUCUCUCUCUCUCUCUCCUUUUCCUUCACAUCAUUCGAGAAGCAGCUACAGAGCCUGGCCGUAGUAACAGUUGCUGUUUGUUGUGGAGAUGGAGAUCAGGGGUGGAAGAGGAAGGAGGUUCAGCAGCAGGGAGGCGAGCCCAGAGCGAGCCAGACUGGGGUGCUCGCAGCAACAGAGGUUCAUCAGGUGUUUGAGGAAAGUUCAGGUCAUAUACUAUCUCAGCAGGAAUGGGCAGCUGGAGCAACCCCACUUCAUCGAGCUCCCUCACCUCCCAAACCACCAGCUCCGCCUCCGAGAUGUGAUGGAGAGACUGACUCUUCUCCGAGGCAAAGGCAUGCCUUGCCUCUUUUCCUGGUCUUGCAAGAGGAGCUACAAGAAUGGGUACGUGUGGAAUGACUUGGCCGAGAACGACAUCAUCAUUCCGGCGGACGGCGUGGAGUACGUUCUGAAAGGCUCUGAGAUCAUCCCGGGCGCUUAUGCGCGUUUCCAACACGUCACUGCGAGCACCAGGCAGCCAAAACGACUUCCUGCGCCCCACAGACUCCUUUUGGAACCAGAAGACGACGACGAAGAAGAGGCAGCGGAAGAAGAGGAGGAAGAGGAGGAGGAAGAGCUGAGAGGCGGUAAGGGCACGGGGGGUGACAAGCAUCCGAACGGCGCAGGUUACUCUCGGCUUUCCCGGGGCGUUUCGACGGACGAGAUCGAGCGAGUCGCGGCUCCGGCUAACCACCACGGGCUCACCGAGCUGCCCACCGACGACUCCUCUCCGCCUUCCUCCACCACGUCGGACAAGCCCCCCACCCACGCCCCCGGCCGCGGCGCCUCCCGGAGGUUCGAGGAGGUCGACCAGACGCCGGAACCGGGCCUGACUCGGAACUCGGUCCUGCUCCAACUCAUCGCCUGCGGGUCGGCGGCCCUGAAGGGAAGAAGCAGCCCCAGCGGCGGGAUGAUCAAGGCCGCCGCCACCUCCGCCUCACCAGUUGAGGAGCGGAGACGCAACGGGCGACACCGUGGAGUGGUGAGUCGACUCGCGAGCCGGGCGGGCGAGGAGGACGAGCUGCGUCUCCACUCGGAUAACCCCCGCUUCUGUCACCCUCUGAUAGAGGACAAGGAGUACUUCAGCGGCAGCAUCGUCGAGGGUAGCAGGGGGCCGUCCGAGCCCUCUCUCAAGAAAUCCUCCUCCUACAACGAAGAAAGGAGAUCAAAGCUUGGGAUUGGUGAAGGGAAGCUGGAGAUGGGGAAGGACAGAGGAGGGGAUGUGAAAGUGCGACUGUACUUUACUGUGCAACUUUGGACCACUGCCAUUGCUAGGAUCGGAAGCAUCCCAAAGGAUAUCUUUCUCUGGAAUCUAUGCUGGAUCCUGUUCUCCAGCAGUGUUUCUCUUAGCUAGGUCUUAGGUUUGAUGUCUGGAUCUGCCAUUAUUGCAUCCUUUCAGAAGAAUUACUGCUCAGUUCAUGCUGUCGACAGAACCGAAGAACAGUGAAUCAUUAUUGCCUAUGCAUGGGCUUAAUAGAUGGAUCCCUGCUCCUUUUGGGCAUUCAAUGGCUUUGUAUUCA